GAUCGGCCGCGGCGGCGGCGGCGGAGGAGGCGGGGCGAGUCGCGGAGGCUGCCCCCUGCUGGGCCGCGGCCACAACAGCGCCCCCGCCGGCACCGGGACACCGGCACUGGGAGAGGGGGUCACCGGCAGUAGCGGCCCGGAAAGGCUCGGCAGAGCCAUGAGGGCCGCCCUGGUGGAGUACAGCAGCUCGGAGGAGGAAGAGGAAGGGAGGCACCGGGGUGGCGGCGAACAGGAGCCUUCCAGGGCCGGCGCUGUGCGGCACCGCCUGCCGCUGCCCGCGGACCUGCCGGGCGAUCUGGAGCCGGAGGAGGCCGUUACCGAUGACAGUUCCCGGCACGGCGGCCGCGUCCGCAGCUUCCCGCACGAGCGGGGCAACUGGGCGACCCAUGUCUAUCUGCCCUACAGGGUGCGGGAGGAGUUCCUGGAGCUGCUGGAACUGCUGGUGUACCGCGCCCGUAACCACGUCCCGUCGCUGUCGGCGAUGGAGGAGUUCCACCUCAGCCUCUCGCAGUGCGUGGUGCUGCGUUACCACUGGAUACAGCCCUUCGUGAGCGGCCUCAGGGCGCGCCUGGCCUCCUUCCACAGGUUCUUUUGUGUAGCUGACCAAGUGAAGGUUUACACCAACCAGAACAAGACGAGGACCUUUAUUGGCUUGGAGGUCACUGCUGGGCAUUUUCAGCUGCUGGAGCUGGUCUCAGAGGUAGACAGAGUUCUGGAGGAAUUUGACCUUCCUACGUUCUACAAGGACCCAUCAUUCCACAUCAGCUUGGCCUGGUGCGUUGGGGACCUGUCGGAGAGGCUGGAAGGGCAGUGCCUGAAGGAGCUCCAGGACAUCGUGGAUGGGUUCGAGGACUCGGCACUCCUGCUGCGUGUCCAGUGGGACCAAAUAUAUUGCAAGUCAGGGAACAAGUACUUCACCUUCCCCUUGAGGUAGGGGCCCUUGGGACUGUGCAUGUCAGACCUGAAGAGCCUGAUGUUUAACCAAGGACAGAUCUGCAGUGCAGCUCGGAACUUUGCAUGAUCUCACGCACUUCCCAUGUUCCUCUUGCCUGCUCAGCAUCUCCGGGCCUCCAGUCAGGCUACUUCCAAGUCUGAGUUGCUGGCUAAGAACUGUGUGUUUGUAGCAGGUUACAUCCUCACUGCUGUAUAUGCAGUAGUCGGCACUGGUGGUUCCAGCCAUCACACAGUUGCUAGUUUUGCCAGUCUUAUAAAAAAAGAGAAAAUAUAUAAAAGUCAUAAAUGCCUUGUGGGAAGGAGGAAGAGGGUAGCAUGGGAAGCUGUUGCUAAAGGGAGAGUGUCUUACAUUGUUGUAAAUAGCACUGCCAUGUCACCAGGAGGCUGUGAGAAAUGCUUUAAGUAGCAAGAGGCAAGGACAUGGAGCUGGACUCUCAGCUGAGCAUCUUCAUACUGUAAGCCAGCUUGGACAAGUUCCUGGGAUGCGUUGUGUCCCCCUCCCACUGAUGCUGCCUUUACAGAGAAAUUUCAGUACCUGAUCCUUUUGCCAAACAGCAGAAGAUGAAAUCUGGAUGGGAGGAUGGGAGUGGUUGGGACCCCCUUGUGUUUCAGUGCUCCAGGCUGGGUCUAAAACAAGAGCUUUGAUUUAAAAGGGUGAGUGCUAUAAGCCCAGGACUUCAGAGGGCUGCUUCUCCAGAGAGGCUUGCUGCCAUGUGGUCAUGGGGUGGAAGCUCCUGCCCAGCCUCUGUGCUUUUUCCUGGUGAGAGCAGCAGCCCCAGAGCUGCAGUGACCAUGGGGAUGGCAGGCUGGUCUUUGUCCCUUAGAAGAAACUCCUUUUCAAUCCUUUUGUUCCAGUGGGCAGCCAGCUGCAGCCCCUGAGGAUCUUGGAACAGGAUCCCAAUGUGUUGCCCUGAAUCUUUCAUUCCUCAUCUGUCUGAUGAAAGACCCCAGGACUUGUGGGCAGUAAAAGUCUGUCUCGUGUCAUAAAA